UCUCAAUAAUAACUUGAUUUCAGUUUUCACUUCUUAAGUUUCAGUGGUGCAUAAAUUCUUGUGUUUUGAAAAGGAGCUUGUAAUUGGAAAAUGCAGAUAGCUUGUGAUGCUGUAAUGAGUCAUUAUCUGACCAGUAUUGAUCCUUGCAGUUUAAGAAAGGAAAAUAAGUUGAAAAGGGCAGGAUACAGUAGCAUCUACAGUCAUUCUGGGAGCCAAUGACAUGUUUAUUUAAGUGGAAAAUGCUAUUUUGAGCGGAGACUACCAUCCACAAAGCAGUCUACUGGAAAUAUUUUAGUGUAAGAGAGCUGCCUUUAUGCAGGAGUAAUGCCUGAGGAUUUCCAGUUACUGGAAAAAAUCCUGAAAGAUCUAAAGCUGCAACUCUUCUGUCUUGGGAAAUGAAAAAGAAAAAAAAAAGGAAAAUAGCCUUUGGGCAGCUCAGCUUAGUGUAGCUGCUCCCUGAUCACAGCCUGCAGCUCAAGGUUUCAUUCUUCAGUCACAACAAACCACAUCCUCUCAGGACCAGCUGAAGCAAGGGGGGCUCUUUGCAGGCUUUGCAGUCUUUGAGUCUGACUCUUGCUGAUGCCCUUAGCAAGAAGUACAAAUGGAGCUGCUGGUCUGUGACCAGUGCUGCCUUCAUAUGAGCUGGCCCUGCCACUCCAAGAGCACUUAGGCUGGUCAGCUGCCUUCUCCAGGUGUUCCAGUUGUUUAGUUCAGCCUGAAAUAAAGGUAUCUCCACUCUGUGCCAUUGAUUUGCCUGAGCGUCCUUUUAAUUUGAUUAUUGGGUAGUGACAGUGAAGCUCAUAUCUUCUGCAUAAAAGGGGAGUCUUGGAAGCAGGAGAAGAAAGAGGUGAUACCCAUUGGAAGUAGUCAGUGAUUUAAGCAAGGCACAUAUUGUUUCUUACCUUUUGGCUGGCAGCUGUUCCUCUGGAGUAUUCUGUUUAAAGGGAUGAAAAAUUAUGAGGGCUAAAAGCCAUUUUUGCAUUUCUGAGUUGGGCCAUAUAAAUUGAUUAAAUUACUGUCAACCCAACCAUCUGCAAAAUGUCUUAUCCCAAUACUGCAAUAUCGCAGUGUAUGUGUUGAUGUGUUUUAGUCAGCAUUUGGGCAGGCUUCUGUAUAUAGGGGUUUGAAUGUGUCAAUAGCUUUUUGCCCAAAUAGAAUUCCUCUGAAUAUGCAUCUUAUCAGCGUUGCUCAUUGCAGGCUGCUCUCCUCUCGGAAGGCAGAAAACGUUGCUGUGAGAUGAGUCACACGGUUUAACAGCUUGUUGCUUCCAUGGUGAGACGCACCCUUGCUGUGCAUGCCAGCGAUCAUGAAACUCCUGGCAAAUGCCCUGUGACGUGAACUCCUUAUGGCCCCGGUAAAUGGAACGCCCCUGGCACUCGGCGUUGUCCUUGUGGCUCCUCGCUGCUUCUGGGUGCGCUGCUCCUCCUCCUCCCGCUCACAAGGGACUCCUAAACUGAGGCUUCAUGGAAAUUAUGAAGUUACUGCAUUGGUGGGGGCUGUUUCAGGGUGAAAUUACUGGGGAAUUUAAGGCCACAGUGUUAACUUCUUGUAUUGAAGUAAUAAAGACAUUAGAGUAUUUCAUCUGACCUGUUUUGAAAGAAGUGUUUUAUCGCAGAUCAUACUGUCCCUGUACUGAGCUCAUACCAGAGCUCAUGAGGUGGCUUUGAUGCUGGAGCUUUCCUCUGCUCUGCCAAUGGAGAAGCGCAGGAGAUCUUGGAGAAGUAAAUUCCAGAGAUGUUGUCUGAGGAAUUGGACUGCAACUUCUAACUGAAUUAAAUAUCCGAAAAGUGAAUUUUAAUGUUGAAAGCCAGUCCUGUCCCAGGGAACUGUGGUUGUCCUAUUCUCACUGGCUGCUACCAUGUCCCUUUUAUUUUGAUGUAGAGACCUAUCGUAUUUAAAAUUGCAGCAAGAACUUUUAAGACUUGUUCAACUGGCUUGGUUUAGCUUCAUCAGCUGACAUCUGAGAAGUGUGUACAUUAGGAUUCUUCAGAAAAAAAACCUGAAACAAAACAUGCCAUGCUUUUCAUCUCUACCCAUUUUACAGGAUGAUGAGAGGGAGGGAUAGGGCAUGUGCCUUGCAUGUGUAAAAUGCUUUGCUUUCCAAAGGAAAGCUGGCUGGUAGUUAGAGGUAGUCUGACUCUUCUGAGUGGUGCAGGAUCAACCCUUUCACUCAGUCCAUCUAAAAAUGGAGUUUCCCACAAGUCUGAAGCUCCUGAAUGGACUGCAGAGAGUCAGCUGAUGUCUGAGCUUCUUGUACAGUAGCAGGUAUCCUUUGGAGCCUGCUGUUCCCUUGCAGUAGUUGUGAGUUCUGGAGCAUCUUCAAUAGGAAACAGGGUGUCACACUGGAAAUUUAGCUCAUGAGUUGCUGUGGGGCAGGCAGGGAAGUGACUCAGCUCUCUGACCUACAGACACUAGCUAAACCUAGGUACAAGAGGAAGUGCUAGGUGAUGAGAUAAAGGUGUUUCUGGAAUAAGGAUUGAUUCUUUUUUUGUUGUUCUUUGUUUCUGUUGUUGUCUUUCUGUUUUUGUUUUCCUUUCCGCAGUCCUCCUCAACAGCUUUAAAUAGUUUAAAGACAAACAGCUCUGGGCAUGUUCUUCAGAGAUGCUGUAACCACUGCAUUUAAAUACAGUGCUUCAAGAUGUGGUAGGAAAUAGCUACCUAGGUGCUGUAUUGUCUUCCUGAGUGAAGUGCAAACCUUGAAAUGACAGCCCUCCCCUUUGCCCUUUCACAUUGCAGAAUGGUUGACAACGAUUUAAUUCACUCUGACCAAAUAUUUUUCUUAUGUAUAUCUAGCGAGUUUCCUUACUGGGAGUUUGCUGGUUUUUUGUUUGUUUUGUUUUGUGGGGUUUUUUGUUUGUUUUUGUUUGUUUGUUUGUUUUCAGCUGAGUUGUGCCUACCUGGGGGAGCAAGCUUGUGACUUCAAAAAGUGAAGUGAGACAGGACAACUUUGACCUUUUUGUUCUUUGCGGUGUUUCUUUCUCAUGGUAGUAUUUUGGUUCAGCAGCAGUUAAUAAAAUGUGUAAGCCUGAAUUCCGCUUCUUAAUGAAUCUUAAGACAGCAGCUACCCCUGUAGUGUGAGUUGAGUUUAAUAUUGCAUAAACUUGUCAGGACAGUUGCACAUGGGAAUCAAAUAUUAAUAUAUUAUCUCUUGCUUUUAGUGUUUGCCUGCCACUGCAUCCCUCAGCCCUUCACCAUGUGGCUGCCUUGGUGCUGGGAGUUGUCCUGUGCAGCUUCUGCUCUGCUCCUAAUCUCAAAUAAGAGAUUAUCAGGGAAAACCAAUAUGAGCAGAGCAUAUUUUCAAUCCCCUUCCCAAAAAUUUGGCAUAGUUGUAGGAUACUUUAAGGCAAGGGAGCUAUUACUAGUUAACAUUUAUAGUAUGACUGGAAUGGAGUUUGCACAGUCUCAGUGGGUGAAGUGAAUAUUUUUCACAUACACUUUACAGAUCCCUGGUUUCAACUUGUGCUUCAUGCUGCAAAGAUAACAACUGUGCCACAUGCUUCUGCAACCCACACUUCUGGUUCUUGAAGUGGAAUUUUUCUCCUUUACACAUAAACCAGAAACUGCUGUGGUGGGGAGGAAGCUCUGUUUAACUGAGAUCUGUUCACGUUGACCGUACAUGGCUGAGACGGUUAUUUUGGGGCAGUUUCUGUCUGCUUCUCAUAUGACUGAGAAAGCUCAAACGUGACUUUGCCUUGAGGAGAAGGGAAAAGUUUGAGAACUUUUUUUUUAGUAUUUGAGGAGAAGAUGGCAUGAGCCAAAAUAGAUUUUUAAGCUUAAGCACUUGCUCACAUCUUAGUCUUGAAUUUGAUAAGUGCACCAUUUUAAAAGUAAAGUAAUAAAAAAACUGAACAAAACCAAAACUAAACAGCCCCCUCCCUACAAACAGCCCCACAAAACCCCAACCCAAAACUACUCAGCUUGUUUAAAAUUUGAACUUGCAAGUUUGAUUUUAGGACAGAUGUGCCCAGAAUGCCUCAAGCCAAAGGGAGUACAUGACAGAGACAGCCUGAGGUGAGAAGUGAUAUGUACGUGUCAGAAUUUCAUUUGCUCGCUGGGAAGUGGGACAUCCUGGACACAGUUCACCCUCCUUAAACUUCACUUUGGUGGUGAACAUUCUCUGCAUAUGCUGUGGGAGAUGCUGAAGAGCCCUGAUGGGUGAGGGAUACCGGCAGGGUUUUAGUGGAGAGUCUUUUCUGGGGGCAGAUGGGGAGUGAUUUCCUGGCUGAGUGCUGAUAGUUUGUUGCUCUCCGUGGCUUGGCACGGGUUCAGUGCUCUGUGUGGUGUGGAAGCACGCUGUGUAAAACGUGAGAACUUCCUGCUGUGAUAAGGAACCAACAGUUCUUCCAACAGGUGCAGUCUUUAGCUGCAGUCCUGAAGAUGUAACAGAAAUGUUUGCUGUCAUGGGCCUUCAAUAUUGUCAAUCUCAAACUGAGCCUGGCCUGAAUGCUUCAGAAGGCAGAGCUUUGCUUUUUGCCUUGCACUGCUAUGAUAAGAGAAUUAGGAGGGGAAGCUGUGUUCAAGAAUCUCUAAUCCAUGAUGGUGGCUGUGACUGAAAUGAAUAAUCUUAUUUUAAAGGGUGCUCUAAACCACUAAAGCUUUAUAAAUAUUAAUUUUGUUCAUUUGUUUCCUAAUAAAAGGGUUUUAUUCAUUAAAUCUCUAUUUAUUUAUUAACCUGACAAACUAAUAGCAAACUCUCUUCUUUCAGUGUAUGCAUGUGCCAUAUCACAAUUCUGCCUGUCACUGUAAUAAGAACUUAAUUCAUCUGCCUUAAAAUGUCAUUGAUAACAACCUGGCAGUGGCCCAGCUUGGAGCAAGUUAACUACAAAAGACUGCAUUGUAAACCUUUCUGAGAGUACAUGCUACAUUAAGUCUAAAUUUAAAAAAAAAAAAGAGCAAGAAAGAGAAAUGUGCAGGCUGGUCUGAGCAUCAUACAACUGCCAAAUAGCUUCAAACCUCUGAAAAAAGAAAGGAAUUCUGUACAGAGGAAUUCUGGCUGCAGAUGGGUUAGCUUGGAAUGAAGGAUGCACUCUGCUCACUUUAAAAUCUUUGGGGUACACUAAAUUUAUAAGCCUCAUCUUAAAAUGAGAAGGAAUGCCUUGCUGAACCACAGGCAGCUAAAUAAGAGCUUGGACAUGUAAGGAUCUUGUUAUUUCCUUUAGUCUGGUCUUUCUGUGACUGGGAUAAAAGCUACAAUCUGAAAAUAGUCACAUGCCUCUGGAGUUAACUGCUAGGAAUACUGUAAGUUUGUCUUGAUUAUAGAAACCUUUCCUGACUCCAUCUGCAGCCUGUGCACCAAACCUAUUUAUCCACCCAUAAAUUCAGAGUGCAAGGAGGAACUACACUACAGUUCAAAUAUCUGGUCUCUACCAGCUCCUCUGGAGGAGCUGAGCUGCUCCUUGCUCUGCAAUCCUGUGUAUGGGGCUUCACGUUCAUGGAGGUUUAAGGCUUCCUGCCUUUGACUCUCCUCUUCUUAAAACUUACAAAUUGAAUUAGUAGCCUGGGUGAGGGUGAACUGAUCUGUCCAUGCAAUUGAUGCAGAGUUUGUGAACUUCAUGGAGAGAAGCUGUCGGGGAUGUUUAAAAUGGGCUGUGUCCUGUGCUGCAUGUGAGGGCUGUGGGGUUUGCUACAGCCCCUGACUAGCCUAGGCAGCCUCACUGAACAAUUUAACAGCUGAGUUGACCGUGAAGCUUUAGCACGUCCUCGUCCAAGGUCUUCUGGGAGCACUCUAAGCAUGCAUUAAAUACCAUGGCUCUCAUCCUACACUCUAGACAUGGCAAAGGCUCAGGCAGGGUGGGGAAGGGCUUGCUCACAACUGAUGGGUUUACAGUUGGAUUUCUUAACUGGAACAGGGACUGCAAGAGUCUUUAAAAACUAAAAACCCAAACCCUGCAAUUUCAUGCUGCUUCACUUCUGUGGUUUUUGUUUUGUCUCUUUCUUAAGUAUAGUGUAUGGACAGCGCCAUGGGUUAGGGAACACUUCAGCUUCAUCUUCAGAGACUUUUCGUAUGUAGCCUUCUGCUGAAGUCAAUGGGUGUGGAGGAGGCAGACAGUGGGGAAGAAGAAUGCCGGUCCCAGCCCAGGAGCAUCAGCGAAAGCUUCCUCACUGUGAAAGGUGCAGCUCUCUUCCUGCCACGAGGAAAUGGGUCAUCCACUCCCAGGAUCAGUCACAGGCGCAACAAACAUGCAGGGGAUCUCCAGCAGCACCUGCAGGCCAUGUUCAUCCUGCUCCGCCCAGAAGACAACAUCAGACUGGCUGUAAGACUGGAAAGUACCUACCAGAACCGCACUAGAUACAUGGUGGUGGUGUCCACCAACGGCAGACAAGACACGGAGGAGAGCAUCGUCCUAGGAAUGGAUUUCUCUUCCAAUGACAGUAGCACUUGUACGAUGGGCUUGGUGCUGCCACUCUGGAGUGACACCUUGAUCCACCUGGAUGGGGAUGGAGGGUUCAGCGUAUCAACAGAUAACAGGGUGCACAUAUUCAAGCCCGUUUCUGUUCAGGCAAUGUGGUCUGCUCUGCAGAGUUUGCAUAAGGCUUGUGAAGUGGCACGGAGCAACAAUUACUAUCCAGGGAGCCUCUUCCUCACGUGGGUCAGUUACUAUGAGAGCCACAUCAACUCUGACCAGUCAUCAGUCAACGAGUGGAAUGCCAUGCAAGAUGUCCAGUCCCACCGGCCCGACUCACCUGCCCUCUUCACAGAUGUCCCAACUGAGCGGGAACGCACAGAACGGCUGAUUAAGACCAAAUUAAGGGAGAUCAUGAUGCAGAAAGAUUUGGAGAACAUCACCUCAAAAGAGAUCCGCACGGAGCUGGAGAUGCAGAUGGUGUGUAACCUGCGGGAGUUCAAAGAGUUCAUAGACAACGAAAUGAUUGUGAUCCUUGGGCAGAUGGACAGCCCCACACAGAUAUUUGAUCACGUCUUUUUGGGCUCAGAAUGGAAUGCCUCCAAUUUGGAAGAUUUGCAGAACAGAGGGGUACGGUACAUUUUGAAUGUGACUCGAGAAAUAGAUAAUUUCUUCCCUGGGCUCUUUGAAUACCACAAUAUCCGGGUUUAUGAUGAAGAAGCUACAGAUCUUCUGGCUUACUGGAAUGAUACCUACAAAUUCAUCUCCAAAGCAAAGAAAAAUGGUUCUAAGUGCCUGGUGCACUGCAAGAUGGGAGUGAGCCGCUCAGCAUCCACGGUGAUUGCCUAUGCCAUGAAGGAAUACGGCUGGAACCUGGACAGGGCGUACGACUACGUGAAGGAACGGCGCACCGUCACCAAGCCCAACCCCAGCUUCAUGCGGCAGCUGGAGGAGUACCAAGGGAUCCUGCUGGCCAGCAAACAGCGGCACAACAAACUGUGGCGCUCACACUCGGACAGCGACCUCUCGGAUCACCACGAGCCCAUCUGCAAGGCCGGGCUGGAGCUGAACAAAAAGGAGAUCACCACCUCAGCUGACCAGAUCUCAGAGGCCAAGACCAAUGACAACCAGCAGCCCAUGUCUCCCAUCUACUCAGCUGAGCUGGACAGGGAGCAGCAGCUCCCAGAGGACACAAACAUGAUCGAGGACGUGUGUGUGAAGGAAAGAAGGAUCCACUUAGAGUUUACUUGCAGAGACUUCCACGCUGAGCAGAUGGAGGACAAGCUGAACCUGAACAAUAUCAAUGGUUGUACAGCAGGGUGUUGUGUAGACUCUGUCCCCCCUGACAACUGCCAUGCUUCUGAGGCCUUAAUGCAGCUCCAGCAUCCCUUGGAAAUAACAGAGUUUCCUGAUCUGACAGUGGACGAUCUAGAAAAAGAUGCCCUUAAGCCUGAUAUGAACGUGCACUUGGUUCCCAUGGAAGAAUUCACUUCAUGCUUAAAAGACUUCCCCCAAUCCCCAAACCAAAAUUCUCCAGGUCUCCAACAGAACCCUCAGCCCGAAGUGACAGACCUCAGCACAGACAGGAUUGAUUUCUUCAGCGCUUUGGAGAAAUUCGUAGAGCUCUCCCAGGAGAGCCGGUCUCGCACCUGCUCCCAUUCCAGGCCAGAGGAGCAAGGGACUGGGAGGAAUGGGGUCUCCAGGGUGCCCAUGCUGGAAGUGCCACCUGCUGCAGAUGGAGGUGCAGAUGCUCGAAGAAACAGCCCUGGAAACUCCCCUCAGGCAUCAGAUGACUCUUCCACAGAUGAAGAGCAACAAAAGGAGGUCCCUGAGCUGCCUGGUGCAGGCCAUCUCACAAGAUCCCACUCGGAAAACGCCAUUUCUGUGAAGGAAAUUAUCACAGAGAUCGAGUCAAUCAACCAGGGAGCAGGACCUGCCCAGCAGAAAGAGGGUUCAGCCAACCUCAGCCAGACACCAAAGAGGAACACGGUGCAUGACCUGCCAGUGGAGGUGAUUUGGGCAUCAGAAAAGUUGGAACAGAGUGAAGGAGCCUGUGCUGGACACCAGGAAAAGGAGAAAGACCCUCUGCCACCUGAGCAGGAAGAAGCCCCAUCUCUGCAGCUGUCUUCUGGUAAAUCAGACGUGGAGGAAAGCAGCUCUGGUGGGGAGCAGCAGGAGCCUCGUGGCUCCAUCAACUCUGAGCCCAAAUGGUGCCCCGGCUCCGUCCGGCGCGCCACGCUGGAGUUCGAGGAGCGCUUAAGGCAGGAGCAGGAGCACCAGCACACGGCCCCAGCCUGCACUUUACCGACCCGCAAGAACUCCAGGAAUGACUCUGCUGCCGAUCUCCUGCCCCGGGGGAAGAGUGAGGAGCCGCCCCUGGAGCUGGCUCUGGAGGGAGACAAGGCUCAGGGUCCAGGCACUGAGGAGACGCCGCUGCCUCCUGGAGCAGAGCAGCCUGUGGGCAGACACCUGCCUGCACCUGCCCAGGAGUCCCUGCCCACAGAGCCUAGCCCGGGGCAGGAGGGAGUGGCACAAGAGCACAGGACAGUGAUCUCAUUUGAUGGGAUGGAGGAGCCAUCCCUUCCCUCCCUCCUCCCAAAGAGAAUCGAAAUCAUCGAGUACACUCUGACGGUCAAGCCUGCGGAGCAGCGCCCCGAUACAAGCUGUGAGCAGGGCGGGCUGGCCAUGGCCACCCCGUCUUUGGAUGAAAACUUGAACCCCUCGAGGUGCAUAGAGAGGACUCCAUCACAUCCCUCGCCACCGGAGCACACGGUACGCAAGCAGGCUGCCUUCACCAUGGGCUGCCCCAGCGAGGAAGGCAGUGGGAUAUCUGCUCACCUCGGUGCUGCUUCUCCCUCUGCCCAGGUGACCUGUCCAUCCCCAGCCAGCCUCGAGAGCUGUCCUUACCCCUGCGUCAUUCACCUGGAAGGUGUCACCGAGCAGAGCACGGCUACAGACGAUGAGCUGGUCACGCCCUGUGGCACUGAGGGAGACAUGACUCUCCCGUUCAGGGACGGUCCCAAACCUCUCUGCGGGGGCGGUGCUGGCAUCUCAAGGCAGCUGAGCAGCGAGGACUUCACCAGGCAGCAUGCUGAAAACAUGGACCUUCUGGACAUCUCGUUCCUGUGUUACAGCCUCCCUCACAGCUCCAGCAGCCUCAGCGUGGAGGAGCGCUCCAGCAGCCCCGGGCCGGUCAAGCAGCGGGCCAAGGAAAUAGAGGCUCGGAUCCGGCAUGCAGGGCUCACCAGACCCUCCCACAUGAAGCGCUCGGCAUCCCUGGCCAAACUGGACUGCCUGGACCUCUCCAAGGAUGACUUACGUGACAGGGAGUCAGCCUCUUCCAAUGCCAACCCCGUGCUUCUCACCUGCGUUGCCCUCGGUCGAGGCUUUUGUGGGGGGAGGUUGGAGAGGGGCUCGGAGAGCGCGUGUGGGAAGCAUCACCUUUCCUCCCCAGAGCCCACCAAGCAUUUUGUGGAACAGCUCAGAACAGCCGAGUGCAUUGCCCAGAGCAAGCCGGUGGAGAGGCCGCUGGCUCAGUACGCCAAAGAGUGCAGCUCCAGCCAGCAGAGUUUGUGUUCCAGCACGGAUCCGACGUGGACUAGCUCCGGGGAGGGCCCUCCUCUGCUCCAGGUGCAGGUCCUGGACUCCUUGUCUCCAUCUCAAGCUCUGGCUGUCGCCCCACGGCAGCAGCACGGGAGAACUCACCCUCUGAGGAGGCUCAAAAAGACCAAUGACAAAAAGCGGACAACCAAUCCCCUCUACAACACGAUGUGAUCCUGGGCCCUUGGCUGUGAUUUCUUACCCAGAACCCGUGGUGUUGCUUUCACACAAGGGGCAGGUGUAAUAUAAGGAACAUGCACUUUAUUGGUUAAUUUUAUAUAUAUUGUCAUUUUACUGUUCCUGGCGCAUGUAGGUGUGGGUUGGUUCUUCUGUGUGUGACUCUGACUGCAGGACUGUUUGGGUUUUUUUAAGUUUAACUCGGAUAACCUCAAAUGUUCUUUUUUUUGUUGUUGUUAUUAGUUUGUUUUAAAAGAACACCUUUAUUACGAGAGAAUUUAUGUUGGCUUGCUUUGGCAAGGUGGAGUUGGGCUUAAAACCAGAUCCUAGUUCCUGACUUGAAUUUUCCCCAUGCCUUGAAAGGGUGCUGGGCAGUUGGUGGGGGACAGCCCCUGUAAAUGUGAAGGUUGUGCCAAGGUCCCUUUGUUUGGCCUUUCUUUUAUUCUGCAAACUGGAACUCCACCAUGCUGGCAGAUCCCUCACACAGCUGCUUCAGGACAAACACCCUGGGCUCAGUUCAGCUGGUGCUUCCCCAUAAGGAGCAAACAGGGGUAAAUCUUCCCAAUGGAUGAGCUCUAAUAACCCUGGGCAGCAACAAGACCAGCUCUCCCAUCUGCCAUGGGGCACACAGAGCUCUCUGCUCUGUGCUGAGGUGGGGCAGAGCUCCUUCAGGAGCUGCCACGUUCACCUCUACCCCCAAAGCCAGUGUUCUUUUAAAACAAACCUCAUUAGGGUUUUAACCCUCCCAUUACUUGAAUACUGCUGUGGGCCUUCCAAGUUCAUGGCCAUAUCAUCUGUUCUCUGCCCUCUUCCGACUGCCUGCCCUCUGCCCCAAAGCUGUUCUUGUGCUGCCUGAGUUUCCCUCUCCCCUCUGCCAUGCUCACGGGUGUUUCUGGUGGCUCCCAAAACUUGAGCUGUUUUUGUUACAUGACAUACUGCCCUUAAUGCAAAGCUUUGUCCUCUCUUCUGUCACUUCUAACUCUAGACCCAGAGGGAAAAUAUUUUCUGAAAGUUUUUUCUUUUUCUUUUUUUUUUCCUAAAUUGUAUAUAUGAUAUUUAUAUGAAUUUUUGGGGGGUCUUUUCUAUGUUUUUUUUUUUAAAAAAAAAAAGAAGGGCAAGACUGCAUUCUGUAAACUGGAAAACAAACCCACCUGACUCAAACUCAGUGCUGUUCUUUGUGAUCUGCACAGACAUGGGAGUGGAUUUGACAUUACAAGCUGUCUUCCCUUUCCAAUAGCGAGCCUCAAUGCCAAAUGUGUCCCUUCUCCUCCAGUCUUGCGUGAACCCCCAUUAUCCCACUGUGGGAGAGGCACUGUGUGUCUGCCCGUCUCCUUCCUGCUUGGAGCUGGGUUCCAGGAGUGCCAGUUGGAUGUGGAAAAGCCUUUGGCUGCACCGAGCCGUUCUGCAGGUUCUUGCUUCCCUGGAGAAGCUGUGUGUGAAGGCUGUGCUCCAAAUUUCAGCAAAUUAUUUUGUGGUUUCUGAGCAGUUUGGCUAAAUCAAAGCUCCUCAUUUCUAGCUGUGUGCAUCAGCAAGUUGUCCCUGUGCUGUAGGAGCAGAGGGAAAGGCCAAGGGGAGCUCUGGGUCCUGUCCACAGUCCCGUGGCAGGUCCUGUCCGAGCUGGUGCUUGGCUGAGGCCCAGACCUGCCCUCUGGGGAGGAGCAAAGCAAAGAGAAGAUGCAGAAUGGCUCAGGCUGCUGAAGCCUGGCAUGGAGAGGACAUGGUGUGGGAGGAGCAGCAGCCCGGCCCAUGCCUAGAAAGCAGCCCUGAAGCUGCACAGCCUUGCAGGCUCAGAUGAGACAAACUCCUCUUGAGGUGGAGAGGAGCGCACAGCACUGGAGUAUUGGGAAGCAGCAUGUGCCUGCCCUGGGGAAGGGGUGUGGGGUAUCCUCAGCCCAUAGCUGGUUGGCAAGGUAAUGCCACCCUGCUGCCCUCCUGCAGCCCCCAGGGAUUCUCCUGUGCUGCCUUGCAGCCUGAGCGAGGUCUGCGAGCCUGCCUGUGCUCCAGCAGCCACGAGCACUGUCCCUCCCUUUCCUGAGCUCUGGCAGGGGGUUGUUACCCGUGCUGGAGCACAGCCCUGUCCUGGGUCAAACAGCACGUCAUCCCAGGCCAUUUCAGUCACUAGAAGUCACCCAAGCCUCUGGCCCAGGAGGCCAGAUACUUCUUUGGGACACUGAAAAACAUGUGGCUUCUUCUAGCCCUCUCCAGCUGGCUCCGGAGCAGGGCAGCCACUGGAAAGGCCAAGUGGCUCAUGUCAUCAGGAGAAGGACAGGUUCAGUCCUUGCCUCCCCCACAAACCUCAUCAGGCCCCACUGCCACCGUUCUGACCCCAAGGACAUGCCUGCCUGCCCCUGCACGGGUGCAAGGCACUGGUGGCCACCAGCCUUGCAUUGGAGGGUGCAUGCUUGGCUGGCAGCAUGUCCUGGUCACAAGGAUCUGGGGAGGGAAAAACCCUGUGUUGAAUUUUUUUCCUUUGAGAAGGUAGGAGGAGGAAAAGGAUUGGGUUUCUUUGCCCAGCUUGAUCUCAGGAGAAGCACCCUCUAGGAAGGGUCUUCAUUGCAGAUCAGCAAUGCUGCUUCCUUCCAAUACUCAGCUGCUCUUCGGGUACUUCAGCUGGGGAGAGCAGCAGAGGGGCAGAGGCCCCUGCAGGGAGGUGCUUUGUUGUCCCCUUGUCCUUGGCUCUGGCCCAGCACAACUGGUUUUUCUCUGAGAAGGCUGUGGGCAGGCAGAGGGAGUCGGGAAAGGUGGUUCUCUUGCAGAGUGAUGAAGGCCUUGGAGGUCUGGAGGCUCUGAGCAGGAUGGCAGGAAGGGGACAGACUGUGGAGGGGUAUGGACCUCCUUUUCCAGUGUCUGGGCAACGAAGCCACUAAGCCCCUGGCAUCAGAGGUCUCUGCUGGGGACGAUUGUCCCUUCUCCAUGCUGAUGGCUCGUGGGAGGGUGAUGACUCUGUCCUGGUUCCUGUAGCCACCCCAUAAGAGCUUCUUGUGACCCGCUGAGCACCACGGGGAGCAGCAGCACCUCCAGGGUGCUCAGCAGCUGACAAGCCUCGCAGGUAGAGGGGGUUUGGGAGAAACGUGUUGUUUUAAGGGCAUUUUUGUACAAAGCAACUGUUCUUUGGUCUCUGGCGAAGCCUCUCGGAGGAUGCUUUAUUGUUUACAUUGACUCCUGUACAAUAUCCCAGCCAUCGCUGCCCCGUCCCGGCCGUACUGUAACGUGUGAGCCUUGCACAAACGGACUGCGUGUGUGAAACUGGUUCUACACUGCGUUCUGUUGCACUCGGUGGUGUGUGUGUGGGUGCUGCGUGUGUGUGAGUGUGUGUCCGGUCUGCUUGAGGAAUUGUACAAAUCUCUCCCCUCUCGGCCCUUUCCUGGGGGCACGGUCCCAGCGGGUGGCAGGAGGUGACAACGCUUCUCUGGGUCACUUGGAUGUUUAAACGGAGAGCAGGGAUUAGCUCCGUGUCCCUCUGCCAGCAAAGGGCUGGUGGAAGGGAUCCCGUCCCACCUCCGGCUGCUCCGGGGCCCUGGGAGGAGCGAGCUGGGAAUCCGUG